AGGGGGUGUGUCCCUCGGCGCCCCCGCCCCCGGCGGCGGUGACAAGAUGGCGGCGGGCCCGGGCAGCGGUGCGGCGCGGCGGGUGCAGCUGGUGCUGGGGCACCUCGCCGCGGCCCCCCCGGGCACCGGCACCGGUCUUCGGGCCGCGCCCUGCGGGAGCCGCGCCGGGGCCACCAGUCCCGACGAUGUGGUGGUGGUGCACGGGCGGAGGACCGCCAUCGGCCGCGCCAAGCGCGGCGGCUUCAAGGAUACUACACCCGACGAACUGCUGUCUGCCGUUAUGACGGCUGUCCUUCAAGAUGUCAAUCUUCGUCCCGAGGCCCUGGGAGACAUCUGUGUGGGAAAUGUGCUGCAGCCUGGAGCUGGCGCUUUGAUUGCAAGAGUUGCGCAGUUUCUAAGUGGUAUUCCAGAGACGGUGCCGUGCUCGAGCGUGAACCGGCAGUGCUCCUCUGGACUACAGGCCAUUAUCAACAUAGCUGGUGGCAUCCGAAAUGGAUCGUAUGACAUUGGCUUGGCCUGCGGCGUGGAAACGAUGUCCCUCAGAAAUGCAAAUAACCCUGGUGAUAUCAGUUCCAGUAUGAUGGAAAACAGCAAAGCUCGAGAUUGUCUUAUUCCUAUGGGAAUAACCUCAGAAAAUGUGGCGGAGAAGUUUGGAGUUUCCCGAAAGAAGCAAGAUGCCUUUGCCUUGGCUUCCCAACAAAAAGCAGCAAAAGCUCAGCAGAUGGGACUCUUUAAAACAGAGAUUGUUCCAGUGAAGACCACCGUUCUAGAUAAUCAAGGCAACCAAAAAACAAUCACCGUGCACCAAGACGAAGGGAUUAGACCCUCCACGACCCUGGAGGGUUUGGCGAAGCUGAAGCCUGCCUUCAAAGAGGAUGGUAGCACUACAGCAGGUAAUGCCAGCCAGGUGAGUGAUGGAGCGGCUGCUGUUCUCCUGGCAAAACGCUCGAAAGCAGCACAGCUGGGACUCCCGGUCCUGGGGGUGCUCAGGUCCUUUGCUGUGGUUGGAGUCCCACCCGACGUCAUGGGCAUAGGACCAGCCUACGCAAUCCCAGUCGCUGUGGAGAAGGCGGGUCUGACUCUGAAUGACAUCGAUAUAUAUGAAAUUAAUGAAGCCUUUGCGAGCCAGGCUGUGUACUGUGUUGAAAAGCUGGGCAUCCCCAUGGAGAAGGUCAACCCGCUGGGAGGAGCAAUAGCACUGGGGCACCCACUGGGCUGUACUGGUGCUCGUCAAGUUGUCACUUUGCUCAAUGAAUUGAAGCGCAGAGGGAGAAGAGCAUACGGCGUUGUAUCCAUGUGCAUUGGAACGGGCAUGGGCGCUGCAGCCGUAUUUGAGUACCCAGGGAACUAAACUCCAGUUGUACCGACGAAACAACACAACAGCUAAUUCUCUGCCUUCGCUAGUAAUAGCAAACGAUUUGCACUGUGAAAUCAAGCAGAUUCAGGGAUUCGUUACUAGAUCUACAAAUUGUAGGGACAAAUUGGGAAGCAGAAUAAAUCAUACAGAUCUAUUAAGCAGGUGGGAAAAUGCAAAACUGGCAUUUGCCUGAGAACAUCCUGACACGAGAAGAGAAGUGAGCUCAGCUGAAGUUCCACUACAGGCCCUUGUGUGGCGACCAUGAGUGAAUAUUUCUAAUCUAAUUGAUCCCUUUAUUCUGUGAAUAUUAUCAGCGAGAAGUAGUUCAUGGUACGGUAUUUUUGUAUGACAAAUUGCCUAAAAUGGUUGCUCAAAAUGAAAACAUCAGUGCAGGUGAAGAGGCUUUUCCAGGGUUUUCUGAAAAGAUUUCACCAUCUCGUAGGAAGGCUAGAAGAGCUUGUUUUGAAGGCAGUGCAAAGACUUAACACCUUUACAACUCUGUCCGUCCACGCCGUGAGUCGGCUAUGUCUUAAAUUGUCCCUAUGCUGGAGGAUGGGCUGUACCUUUCGAUGUUUAACCAAGCUGCCCUGAAGCCUCCAGUGGGGGAACGUGGAAGGACUAAAAAUUACUUUGCUUAGGAGCAAACAAACCGUUGGGGUGCCUGAACAGAACGGUUUUGAUGAUUUAUAGACGCCAGGAAUUUGAAAUUGGCCAUUCCACCUUUUACAACACAUUUCUAAUUAUCAGUUUGUGUGACUCUAACUUAGAAGACAAGCUUAUGCUUAAUAAUAUUUACUUACCUAACAUAAACCAGAUUUCAGCAUUACUCUUACUGCAAGCACUACGUGAGCAUCAGUGAAAUGUGUGUUUUAUCCUGUAAAGGUCUCCCGCAUCUGUUCGUCCUCUUAGGAGGAAUUGUCAGACCACUGAAACCCAGAGCUAACGGCUUGAAAAAGAAACGUACUCAUCAUCGUUGUCAUCAAAUGUACUCGUCAUCGUUGACAUGUUAGAAGUGUUUAAGUUUGUAACAGAGACUGAAUUUCUUUGUGCUGGCUCUUGUUUUUGCACUUAAUACAAUUGGGUUCUUGCAAUA